CUCACAGGAGUCCUAGAUGAUUGUUUAUGUGACAUAGAAAGCAUUGAUGACUUCAAUACUUUCAAGAUUUUCCCCAAAAUACAGAAACUGCAAGAACGUGAUUACUUCAGAUAUUACAAGGUCAACCUGAAGAGACCGUGCCCAUUCUGGGCUGAUGAUGGCCAUUGUUCUAUCAAAGAUUGUCAUGUAGAGCCUUGUCCAGAGAGCAAGAUACCUGUUGGAAUUAAAGCUGGGAGUUCUAAUAAAUAUUCAAAAGUGGCAAAUAAUUCCAAAGAAUUGGAAGACUGUGAGCAAGCUAACAAACUGGGAGCAGUUAACAGUACCUUAAGUAACCAAAGUAAGGAGGCUUUCAUUGACUGGGCAAGAUACGAUGAUUCACAGGAUCAUUUUUGUGAACUUGAUGAUGAGAGAUCUCCAGAUGCACAGUAUGUGGAUUUGCUGCUGAAUCCAGAACGUUACACUGGAUACAAGGGCCCUUCUGCUUGGAGAGUGUGGAACAGCAUCUAUGAAGAAAACUGCUUCAAGCCUCGAUCUGUCUAUCGUCCUUUAAAUCCCCUGGCGCCUAGUAGGGGAGGAGAUGAUGGAGAAUCUUUCUACACAUGGCUAGAAGGUCUUUGCCUCGAGAAAAGAGUGUUCUAUAAACUAAUUUCUGGACUUCAUGCUAGCAUCAACUUGCAUCUGUGUGCAAAUUAUCUCCUUGAAGAAACCUGGGGGAAACCUCGCUGGGGACCGAAUGUGAAAGAGUUCACUCGCCGCUUUGACCCUAUUGAAACAAAAGGAGAAGGACCAAGGAGGCUCAAAAACUUGUAUUUCCUAUAUUUGAUAGAGCUGCGUGCUUUGUCAAAGGUUGCACCGUACUUUGAGCGUUCAGUUGUUGACCUUUACACUGGAAAUGGCCAUGAGGAUGCUGAAUCUAAAGCUCUCUUACUAGAUAUCUUCAGGGAUACAAAGUCCUUCCAUAUGCACUUUGAUGAAAAGUCCAUGUUUGCUGGAGAUAAGAAAGGAGCCAAGUCAUUAAAGGAGGAAUUCAGGUUGCAUUUCAAGAACAUAUCCCGCAUAAUGGAUUGUGUUGGAUGUGAUAAAUGCAGGCUGUGGGGCAAACUGCAGACUCAAGGCUUAGGAACUGCUCUGAAGAUCUUAUUUUCUGAGAAAGAAAUACAGAGCCUUCCUGAGAAUAGCCCAUCAAAAGGUUUUCAACUCACACGUCAAGAAAUAGUUGCUCUUGUAAAUGCCUUUGGAAGGCUUUCCACAAGUAUAAGAGAGUUACAGAAUUUUAAAGUUUUAUUACAACAAACUAGGUAAUGAAGGCCUUUGCACAACACAUUAGCGAAGACCAUUUACAUGACUGCAUUGAGCAGAUGGAACUGAUCCUUACAGGACUCACAUGAACUGAUAAAAAGUAAAAUCAAAUACCAACUUGAAUAUUUAUGUUUAAACUAGGAAUGGUUAUUAAUUAGAAAAGAUAUUUAUGAAUGGAAUAUAUAGUUUUAAAAUGUGUAAAUUAUGCUGAUCUGUUUAUUUUUGAAGUUCUCUGCUCACAGUUCUGUUGUACUGAAACUUCAUAAAUUUUCUUUAUUUCCUUGUCUUUUUGAGACAGUUGUUUUAUAUGAAAACAUACGUACCUCCACCCUGACUUGGCCUGUCCUGAGAGAGGUGGGUCAGCUCUUGCCUCUCCCAGUACUGAGCUUCAGUACAUUCUGAGGAUUGGGUAUGCUGAUUCUGGCUGUCUAAAAGAAAAAAAAAAAAGG